UAUGGCAUUUGCAAUUAAAAGCUAUCAGACUGCUCUAUUAUUUCCUUACUUUUCUCCAAAGCUCGUAUUCCCAGGUUUUUACUUGCUAAAUGAUGCUAUUUAUAGUUUGGCAAGCUUAAUCAUCCAGCUCAUCUUGAAGGCAGCUUAGUUAGAUAUUUUGUUUUGUCUCUUUUGUUUUUCACUUCGAAUCCUCUAGCACUCUCAAUUUCAUAUCUGGUUGAAGGAUAUGUAUUAUCAGGGAGUCUUAAAACAGGUAGAGCAUAAACAAACAAAAGCUGAACGCGGUUUGGAUUCUUUGCUGAGCCUUUUAAUUUAUUCCAAAUUCUUUGCUCUCGGAUUGCUCCAACUAAAUAUCCACAGUAUUAAGAAUUUGACUAAUUUGAUGAUUUCAAUCUGACUCAGAUAGU